AGGAGAGCAACAGCGUAACGAGUAGCGCGCGCCGUCGGUGUGGUUGGUCGUUGCUCGGUCGGACGUUCGGUCCUCGCCGCCAUGCUAGUGGUUAGUUUAGUGAACCAAACAUCAUGAUGUGGCAAAACGUUUGCACGAGCUGAGGCUAAAGUAACGCCGCGAUACCGGCGUACCGUCGUUAUGUUAUCCGUAACCACGUUCAAUAAACGUAAACACAACGGUGUAUAGUACAAAGUAAUAAGAAACAACCAAGAAAAAAAAGAGAUUCCCGCGUACAAUCGUAAAGCAGCGCGACGUUAAAUAACUUUUCCCUCCGUAAUGUAAAUUAAACCGAGGACAGUCAGUUCGUAAGGGCAUAGCGUAUAUAUAGGAUAUCAUUCUUAUCGUACCCGGUAUUAACGCAUAGGAAGAACAAGGAUCCUCGUAACAGCAUACGUUAAACGGAGUUCACGAUGCUGGAUCCAAACGUACUAACGGAUGUGGAGGAGUUGACGUUAUGCAGUUUCUGCAAGCAAAAGUACAACGAUGCAGAGCAGUGUCCCAAGUAUCUGAGCUGCAAGCACUACUUCUGUCUACGCUGCAUUGAAAAGAAUUUAUUGAAGGGACGAGAUCUCUUUUGCGCUCAUUGUUGGAAGCGAACUGAUCUUGGCGACCAAGGACCGGAUGCUCUGCCGACGCAUUCACCGCUGCUGGCCCUGGCCAGCAACUUCACGCACUUGAAGAACGUGAGCGCAAAGCACCCCGUCGACAAGGAACGGAAGAGUGAAAAUUGUCACACACAUGGAAUGCCCUUGGCCCUAUGGUGUGGAACGUGCUGUACGACGCUCUGCCGAGCAUGUGCUACACCUCAGGAACAUCCGGCUCAUCAGAUCAAAUCUCAGACAGAUGCCAAAGAUCAACUUAUAUCUGAAGUCCAAUUGGAGUUGGUAACAGUGGGGAAGCUGUCGGCAGAGAUACAGAGGUUGGCGAUGCAACAAAGGGAGUUCCUUAUCAAGGUCUUGGAAGCCUGCGUUACCCUGAAGACCCACGUCGAGACAGACUUGCAGAAUGGCUGGAGUCACUUUCCGGAAAUAACGGAAGCGCGUGAGACUCUUGGCAAAGCCAAGGCUACACUUCAUUUGAUGGAGAGUCCGGAUGACAUGUGCAGCCUUCACUCCCAGCUCGUCCUUGAGAAGCAGCGACUUCAGAACAAGUAUCAGGAGAUGAUGCUUCAGUGUCAACUCGAUGACUUGAUUGGAAACUCUGGAGUGGUUUUCGAUUUUGCCCUCCUGAAGCAGGCGCUUGCCGGGAUACAUACUGGGGAGUCUAUUGCAUCUCAGACGAUACCAGGAAAUGCAACCAGGUUGCCGCAUCAUCUUGCCGCCUCUCAUAACCCAAUAUUGUUCCUUGCCAACUAUUGCAUGUCCCAGCUGUACUCGAGGCACGUCGUGAGCAAGCAGCACAUGCAAAAUGGUUCCAUUGAGUAUCAUUCUGGCACAGCAGCACCAGGAGGACCAGGAAUGAUGCCGCCACCGCCACCACCACCACCGCCAACCACAGCCACAGCCACUGCCUCGCCAUCUGUUAUACAUCUUCAUCAGGUGCAGCAGCAAUCCGUACCACCGCCACCACCAUUACCUCAGCAACAGCAACAGAGGCCGGUUGCGCCGUCUACGCCACAGCAGCAUCAACACCUUCUGGUAUCAUGUGGUUCUCCAUCCAUGAAACCAAUACCGCCACCACCACCGAACUCUAAUUCUAAUCUUCAUCCACAGCAGCAGCCGGGUUUCAUCAACUGUGAGAACAAUGCUUCUGGCAACAACGUCGUGGUAUGUCCACCAGGAAGCGUUGUUCCAGCUGCCGUUGGUGGUAAUGGCAAUGGCGUUGUUGCUGGGAAUCUCGCCGCGGUGCAUCCACCAGCUAUGCGAGGACCUUCCACGCCUUAUCCACUGUACUACUUCAACAUGGAGGUAAACGGCUCGCCCCACGGUCGCAUCGUCAUCGAAGUGAGGCCGGACGUUGCGCCGAAGAUGGCGAAAAACUUCAGUGUUCUGGCGACGGGCGAGAUCGGUGUUGGAUACAAGGGCUGUACGAUAUUCCAGUGCUGGGAAGGUGAGUCAGUAAUAACAGGCGACUUCGAGCUGAACAAUGGUCGGGGUGGCAGAAGCAUAUACGAGGAUGGAUACUUCAUGCCGGACGAUACGAAAUUCCCGGCUGUUCGAGGCGCAGUGGGAAUGCGACGAACCCAGAAGCGCCACGACAACCUCGGCAUGGUUGGAUCCCAGUUUCGUAUAAUACUCCAGGAGAUGCGCGGAUUCACAGGGAUCUUUGGUCAUGUCGUCGAGGGCUUGGACUUGGUCGAGAAGAUAGCGACCUUUGGCGACCAAGCCGGUAAACCUACCAAGACCAUCCUUAUCACGAAAUGCGGCAAGCUUUAGCCUCCUGGUCAUGUAGUCCUACGCGCAUCGUACUUCCACCGAUUAUCCUUAUAAUCUCAUCCUUAAGAUGUACUAUUCUACGCCUUUUCCUGUUUGGCUACUACGCGAUUACCACUUCCUGUGUCCGCUGCAUAUGCGUCUCUCUGUUCCCUGUUGUAGACGCGCGCGCACCAGGGUGGUUUGCACGUUACAUAUUAUAUAAAGAGAGCGCAGGACGAAUAUUCCUUUAACGUAUUGACAAGGCGAGCGAGAGAGGGUUAAGGCUAAUCAAGAGAGUAAAAGUGAGAGUGAAAAUGAGAGUGUACGCGAAACGAGAGAGAGAAAGAGCGAGAGAGAGUAUCGUCACGACGCGCACCACUUUCUAGAACGGUAUAGGAGAUACGUAGUACGUAUCUCGUGUAUACAUUCAGUACGCGUGGAGUCACAACUUAAUUACCCGUUACUAUUAAUGAUAGAAUCUAAAGAUGGUUGACUCUAUUUUUAAAAAUCGAACGCAUUUAAAUAAGAAAUCGAUAUUUUCCUAUUGCCCGGGAAUCGAUAAUGUUAUAUUGACAAGAAUCGUAGUUAGCGUACCAUUUCCGUCUGUAGCAGACGCCCAGCGUCUGUCGAUAGCGCCGUAAUAAUUCAUCUCAUAAAAACCGACGCAGAUUCCGUCAAUAACCGCCAAUCGGCAUAACCCAAGGAUAUCGUUAAGAAAAUCAGUCGAUCCCCUCCAUUUCUUCUUUUUCUGUUCUCCGCAAUAGCCUUGUUUCAAAAUGAAUACGAUAGUAUAGUAUAUUUUGUUUACGAACACGAGCGUCGAUAGCAAGCAGUUAGCAAAAAGAAAGGAAAAAAAAAGAAACAAAAAUACGAUAACGCGAUUAAAAAGAUAAUAAAUUACACUUAAACGAAUACAGACAAAACAAAAUCAGGUGUACAAGUUAAAUAUAAAGAAAUGAGGGACGUAUAUAUUGUCAAUGGCGGUAGAAAUCGACUGGUGCGUCCUUUAUAAAUCCUAUAAUUUAAGUUAGAUCACUGUGUGAGAUGCGUCCAUGGCCUAAAGCGAUAACGGUAAUGGGCGUCCCGACGACUUACAAUAAUGAAAACGAAUGAUUUUAAGACGAAAGAGACGAGAGUCGAAUGAAUUGACGUAUAUAUCAUUCCUUGAUGCAGUAAAAGGAUGCAUCGAUGCAUAAACGAUAAUGUAAUAUCGUCGUAGCGUUACAUAUAAGUCAUCCCGUAAAUCCUAAUCAUUAUAUAUCAAGAACAUUAUGGAAGCAUGUCGAUAGAUACUAAUUAGUGGAUUUACGAUGAAUUUCAGUGAACGAGUCGACAUUUAAGUUUUACCAGUUAGAAAACGAGAGUAACGAAAGAUAUAAAUAUAAGAGAGAAAAAGUCAGAAUGACUGUGUACCGAUUACUAUAAAUGACAGAGUCGCUGUUAUGUUUGCACUGUGCAAUAACGAUUCCGAUGCGAGCAGUGUACCUCUAGAUGUAUUACUCGACGAGAAAUAUAUAUUUUAAAAAGAGACAAGAAUGAUAGAGAGAGAGAGAGAAAGGGAGACGUUAUAGAAGCUUGCGUUUGUGAUCGUUAUCCGACAUGCUGCUCUACGUUUAAUAAAUAAAUCGUCAAACUUAAAAA